CAGAUAUUUCGCAUCAUAUUUCUCGUGGCCAUCAUCAAAUCGUCCCCGUCAUCUCGUCACACGUUGUCCAAGGUAAGUCGUUUUUUUUAUUUUUUCUCGUUGAAUUCAAAUAAAGCAAGGUUAGCAAAGAAUUUAAUUUUAGUAUUAUUCUUGAAUAUUCGACAUCAUCGCAGUCCUAUUCAGAGCAGCAGGCUUCGGAUUCGUAUUCGUUUUGUGGUGUCUUCUUCUUCGUCUUUCAGAUGGAUGAUUACAUAGAACUGAACUAUAAAGGACAAGCCGGCGGCCUUCGACGUGCGAUCCUUGGCGAUGGUGGUGGUCGAGGUGGAUCAUUUAGAGGCGGUCGAGAUCGUGGAUUUGGUGGGGAUCGAGGUGGUGGCGGAUUCAGAGGAUUUGGUGGAUUUGGUGAUCGUGGACGAGGUCGUGGCGUUUUUGGAGGUGGAGACCGAGGCGGUCGUGGUUGUGGCGUCACCAAAAAAGAUAAGCGAAAAUGCGCACUUUGUAAAGAGCGUGGUCAUCUUGCCAAGAAUUGUCCAUUUUCUGAAGAGGAAGCCAAGAAGAAAAAAGCAGCUGUUCUGCAAAAGCACGCCGAUACAGCCGUCGCAGCUGCUGCCAAAGCUAUUGCUGCUACCGCCGAAGCUGCCACUACCGCCUCUUCUUCUACUAGCGCUGCUACGACUUUGUCUGCUGCUUUUAAGGCACCAUUUGCAGGAUGGAAGCCAGGGUUCGUCAUGCCCCCCCUGCCCAAACAUAAUACUGAUGUUAACAUGGAUUAGUGUAUAAUUUGUGUAUCUCCGUUACAU